UCUACCCUUUUUCCCAUAGAUGAAAUCUCUCUACUUUAGCCGCUUUUUGGCACUUUUACACUGUUUUUUAAGAUUAUUACACAGUUUAAUUAGCUCAUUCAAUGGGUAAAGUAAGAAACACAAUCGGAUAUUUUCUCGACCGCAACUGGGCCUGGGCGUACCAGGAGAUCAUAGCGGAAGCCCUGGUGGUACUCUGGUUCUCCUUGCACAUAACGUUGAAGUUGGGCACGCGUGUUUUUCCGGAAUGGCGGAACACCCGCAUCGAUCCCGACUCUCAGACCGAUUUUGAUAAACUACUGCGCCGGUUUGGAUGGAAAACAAAUGGAUGCGCGUGGGACGAGAUCGCAUCCGAAUGGAUGGUGUCUAGCCGCAAAAGCACCAACCAGAGCGAUACUUUGCCCUUUACGGCGCCUAGCGGUAUCGACAUACGUGGUCAUGUGGGCUAUGUUGGCACUAUCGCUGCUGUCUGCGCCACGGUCCUCCUUAGUAUCUCCGUUGGCUGUUACUUGUUCGCCAACCGAAACUGGCGGUAUCCGGUAUGGACGCAGCAUAUCCACAAAUGUGAGCAGAUCCGGGCUUUCAUCGUCCGUAGAAUGAGCAGAGAUUCAUUGAAAAAGUCGAAACUAGUGAAGGGCUUAUUUAUAAUCGGGUUCCUGGCAUAUCUGGUUAUUGGUACAAUUCUCAUCUUUGCCUGCUUUUUCCUUUGGCUGGCGUUGUGGGCACUGCCGGUUAUUUUGAUGGCCGUCACUGCUGUGUGGUUGAUUGUUCAAGCCGUGGGUCGUGAAGCCGUAGUUCCAUGUUGUGUUCUGUCCAUCUGCCUUUUGAGUAUAUACUGCACCGGGCGAAUUUGGGGAUGGUGGAUGAAGGAUACCUACUUCAGCUGCAUUAACAACACAUUCAGGCGAAUAUUUGCUCUGGGUUUGGUUUUGGAAGCCUCAGCGGUUAAACGUGUCCCGCUCCCAGCGGCAUAUAUCGAAAAUCAAGCCAAAACUCCGAAGGAACAGAAAGAAGAGCGGAAGGUGCUCAAUAUGCCCACUCUGAAUUUCAAGUUGUGUGUGGUAUUUACAUGCUGCUUGGCUGUGACGGCGAAUGUGGAACCAAUCAGUGAUGAAGUUCCCUCGGCUAAUUCAAGCGUCCGUGCCUCGGAGUUCUGGGAACGGUAUGCCUUCGGUUACAAGCGGUGCUAUCCCAAUUCUGGAACGGGCCUAGAGUUCCCCCAAGCAAUGCUAUCACAUUGGAUGGAUAUAGGGUAUCCGCGCUGGAAUACCAGUAAACCUGCCCUGACGUCUCUGUUUGCUUCUACAUUCUCUCCGGAUAUGUACAUCUUUCUCCGUGCGUGGAUCGCUGUACUGUUCCGCAUCUUGUGGGCACCGUACCUUUGUUUGCUGAUCUGGGGUAUUCAGUGGUUGUACAAGCGCUGGCGCGCUCGUCGGAUUCAUAACAGCGUUAUUGAUAAUUUACCAACUGAGGAUAGCCAAGAGCAAUCCGAACAGUCACGGGAAACGGUCGGAGAAGAUUGUCCUACUACGGUAUCCCUCGUCGAUGAUGCACAGCCCGGCGAUACCAGCAUAACUAUCACCAUGGAAAACACGAUAGACGAACCGGCGAACAUCGUUCGGUGUUGCUGCCCAGUGUGGGCUAGUUUAGUGGCUAUCCUGAUAAUUAAUUACCGUCGAUAUCACUGCUGGGCCAAUCUUCCCUAUCCACUGGUGCAACUAUUUGUCCCGGAACCGUUACAACUGUGGGCUUUGCUCUUGUUGCUUACCAUCUAUGGAAUUUGGAUGAUCUGGAAGUUUGUUGUCGAUGUGCGCCAGAUUGGCCAGGAACAACAACCGCUGAUUCCACCGCCCGGUCAAGACGAUCAAAAUCCUUGUUUCAUAUUCAUGCGAUCCUUCGACUGAGAGCAUUCCUGCACCGAGAACGGAACGCUCUGCUGGAGAUAUAUGGUCACCGUGCAAAAUUUAGAACAAAAGAUUAGCUGUUUCGUUUUACCGCAUAUAUAUACCGCACACAAGCUUUUCUCGGUCGAAACCGGUGCCAGCGCACUGAAUGUAUGCCUGUUGCACGCUGUUUAUUGAAUUAUUUAUCAAAUUCUUGGACCGGGAACCGACUAGUUAAUUUGCAAUUCUUUGUCGUAAACUUCUACUCGUACU